AUGGCGAUGGUCUCCGGAGCCAAGAGGAGGAGAGGACUGGAGGAAGAAGAGGAAGAGGAAGAUGAAGAUGAAGAGCGCCUCGACCGCAUCAGCCGCCUCCCUGACGGCGUUCUCGGCGACAUCGUCGCCCUCCUCCCGACCAACGACGGCGCCCGCACGCAGGUGCUGUCCUCCCGCUGGCGCCACAUCUGGCGCUCCGCUCCUCUCAACAUCGAUCUGGACAUCAAUCCCGAUUACCCCCUCGGCGCCAACAACGUCACCGAAAUCGUAAUCUCGCGCAUUCUCUCCGCGCAUCAAGGCCCCUGCCGCCGCUUCUCCAUCCCGGAGCACUACCUCCACUACAGGGGCCUCCCCGUCACAAGCCUGGACGGCUGGCUCGAGUCCCCCGCCCUCGACAGACUCCAAGAGCUCGAGUUCCACUACGGCCGUCCUUGUUUGUCGAAGUUAGCGCUGCCGCUGCCGCCGCCUCCUGCAUCUGUACACCGCUUCUCGUCAACGCUUCGCGCUGUCAGCUUCGGGGGCUGCAGUUUUACAGAUGGAAACAAUGCCAGCGGUCUCCACUUUCCGGUUCUCAAUCAGUUGAGCCUUUCGGAUGUCAGAUUCUCGGAAAGUUCUCUACGUGCCUUGCUAUCUGCCUGCCCUGUCCUGCAGAGCUUGCUGCUAAUGGGCUCCAUUGGCUUCCCUCGCGUCCAAAUUGCGUCCCAAACCCUCCGAAGCAUCGGCGUGCGAUCUAGUUGUGGACCCAUGAAUCUGCAACUGCAACAUCUCAUCAUCGAGGAUGCCCCCUGUCUAGAAAGGUUACUUUGUUUUGAUUGCUUUUGCAAGGGAAUCACCAUAUCGGUUAUCUCGGCGCCAAAAUUGCUUGUUUUGGGGCCACUAUCUGAUCAAAGCCCCAGACUCGAGCUUGGCACCACAGUUAUUCAGGGAUCAGGCCUUGUUAGCUUGAAGAUGGUGAUGCACAGUGUGAAGGUCUUAUCAUUAUCAGAGGGGCGUCUUAGUUUGGAUGUGGUUAUUGGAUACAUGAAAUGUUUUCCCUACUUGGAGAGGUUGUACAUCCAGACAAAAAUGGCAGGGGAGAAAAAUGUGUGGUGUCGUAAGUACAGGAAUCUUAUUGGCACUCUUGAUAUUCGUCUAAAGAAAAUUGUGUUGGCAGGCUAUCGAGGCAACACGUCACAUGUUAACUUUGCCAAGUUCUUUGUUUUGAAUGCGAGAAUGCUAGAGUCCAUGAGGCUUGAGUUAUGUAUUGCAAAGCCCAGUCCCAGCAAUGCAUGGAUUGACAAACAAUAUAGACUACUUCAGACAAAAAAUAAGGCUUCAAGGGAUAUGCAGCUUGAUUUUGCGUCUGAUUAUGGCCUCCGUCUGACGUGUUCCUUUUUUCGCCCUGAGCAAGUACACGAUUUGUCAACAGCUGACCCCUUUCCGUGA